ACCUUGAAAAUUGCUUUUCUGUAAGGAAUGAGUCGUUGAUGAAUAUUGAAUGACGAAAUGGGAAUGCGAGCUUAUUGAUAAGCUUAUCAAUAUUCAGUUCAAAAUAAUUGCUUUGAUUUGAAAUGACAAUGAUAGAUAUUGAAGAAGAGCAAAUUGGGGGUGUUAAUACUUCAGAAUGUCCACUAUCAGCAUCCUCUACGACUGUAGAGAGUGAGGAAAGCAUGAAUGGUGAUAUUCCUAGUGCUUUAGAAGCGGAAGAACUGCAAUUAGCGCUGAAUAAGGAAGCUACAGAAGAAGAAUUACUUAAGGCAAUCACUAGAUGUAAGAAUUUAGUUCUGGAAACUAAAAAUUGUUCGGUAGAAAGAAAAUGGCUGGUGAGGCAUUUGAUCGAAUUAAGAUUACGCUUGGAAGAAUGUAGAGAAGCUGCUGCUGAUCCAGAGCACCCAAGAAAUAAGUCGAGCGGAGUUUCCAAAAGAACCAUAAAAGGUCAUCAUUUGAUUCUGCAACCACUGUUAAGGAGCACCACCUCUAGAUACUGCGACCAUUGCACAUCUACUAUAUGGUGUUUAGUCCAAGCUUGGUACGAGUGUCAAGAUUGUACCUACUCAUGUCAUUACAAAUGUAUGUCCUUCAUAUUGAGGGAAUGUGCACAUGUAGUGACAAGUGAAAGGGGGGCUUUCGAAAUGGAGAUAUGUCCGGAAGUUGGGUUAUCUGCUCAACGAUAUAAAUGUGCAGAAUGUAAAGUUAACUUGGAGUUGAAAAAAGGCUAUAACGAACCCAAACGUUGCGAUUACAACGGCUUAUAUUACUGCUCAGGUUGUCAUUGGAACAGCCUGGCCAUAAUUCCUGCCCGUGUGGUGCACAAUUGGGAUUUCACACCUAGGGCAGUCUGUCAGGCCAGUUUGCAGCAAUUGAAAGUUGCUUCGAACAGGCCCAUCAUAAAUUUGGAAGGGUUGAACCCGAAAUUAUUCAAUUUCGUACACGAGCUCAAUCUGUUCAGAAGGCUCAGGAACGAUCUGUACGGAAUGAGAAAAUACCUUUUGGUGUGUCGGAUAGCAAACGAAGAUCAUAUCUUGUGGAAAGGAGUGGAUAUUCCACACUUGUUGGAAACGACGAAUCUCUAUAGUUUACAGGAUCUGAUGGAUGUGCAUUCCGGAGAGAUAUUCAUAAAGAUGCAAACCUGGAUUGACGCUUUCACCAAGCACAUCAAAGUCGAUUGUGAAAUAUGCAAGGGUAGAGGGCAUAUUUGUGAGAUUUGUUCUAAUGAUCAGGCAUUGUAUCCAUUUGAAUCGAAUUCCUUCACGUGCGAUGAAUGCAAGGCUGUUUUUCAUAAAACUUGCUUCAAUAGAAAGAAUCAAUGUCCUAAGUGUAUUCGAUUGAAAGUACGAGAUGAUCUCAUGAAGGAGGAAGAGUAUUGUGAUGAUGAACUGUGAUAUAAUAAAAAAUUCAGACAUAUUUUAAUCUUCUAGUGCUUGUCUCUAUCGAUUCGGUCGAAUUUUAGACAUUCACUGAUGUUUUAUUGGGAAAGUUACAAUAAAUUACGAUUAAACACUAA